AUGCCACGACUAGCUAAGAAAGCAUCUUCAGGUCUCAAGAAAAAACCUACCACUCUCAAGGGAUUGCCCUCGCGAUCAGUCACCGAAAUUACCCCAGGUCUUAAGGCCUCUGUACUUGCGCGCGAAGUAAAUGAGUUUCUACAUGCCCCUAAACUCACCAAAAAGGAAAAGCAAGCACAGGCUCAAGAGAAGCUGUUGGUUCGUGCAAAAGUGAGCGCACAGCAGGCUACAGGGAAGAUUUCAAAGAAAGGUGAAAAGCAGCGGAGGCGGCGGCAGGCCCAGGCUGAGGCCUUUGGCGAACGUGUGGCCGGGCUACGUGACGCUCUGCCGGAGCUCGAAGACGUCCAGCGUGAGCUUGAGACUCGUGCAGCUAAGCGUGGGACUCGUGCUCCUACUGUCAAGACCCGUGAACGUGUGAUUCAACACGACAAGCAGGUGCUUCAACACAAUAUUGCGACGCUAAGUACUACAGGUGAUUCGCCGCUGGCACGGCUGGCCGCCAUGAAACAGCAGCUGGCAAAAAACUUGGGCAAGGAUGAAAAAAAUAAUGACAGUGUGAUGGAGUAA